UUUCCGCGCGCCGGACAACGCGCUCAACAUUCCUGCGUUCACAAUCUGCGAUCAAAGUUAUGAAGAGUGCUUGAUUUUUUAUUUUUAUUGAAAUUUGCUGAUUUAAGAUACCAAAAAUGAUUCCUCCAAAGACCUGUCUGCUCUUCAUCAUCAUCAACUUGUUCUGCGUGACCACAGCGCAGGAUAUGGACAAGCGCGUGCCUCAAGGUUUCCUCGGCAUGCGCGGCAAGAAGUAUCUCGAUUCAGGAGAAAAUGGAGAAUUGUACAAACGGAAGCCUCAAUUCUUCGUCGGUGUUAAAGGCAAGAAAAACGCUGAUGAUAUUUACGACAAACGUGCUCGGUUGGGAUUCUUCGGUAUGCGAGGAAAGAAGGAAUAUCCCGAGUUGAUGUUCCCGGACAGCUAUCCUCAAAGAGCCGGCUCACUGUUCGGACAAAUAGAAUACGCAGCCAAUGAGUUACCGAUCAAUCAGGAGCCACUCGAUGAUCUGAUAACUGAUUACAUUCAAAAACUCCAAGGAUCGAAUCUGAGCCCAGAACAUAUCGAUGAUGGUAUACCGAAUGAAUUUGAGAUGACCAAUGAAGUGGAUAAACGAGCUAAUCUACAUCAGUUUUACGGCGUGCGAGGGAAGAAAUCUAUCCAGAAUAAGAGACCGUACGAUCUGUCGUUCCGCGGCAAGUUUAUCGGUGUUCGCGGGAAGAAGGACGUCAAGAAUGCCCAAGAAAUUAAAUUCCUGUUGGGGGAGAAUGGCCCGUGGCCUAAAAGGAAGGCUCAGAUGGGAUUCUUUGGAAUGCGGGGCAAAAAGUGGACUGAUGAAUCGAGCGCAGAGGAGAUACCGUACUAAACGCAAUCCAAUCCGAAAAGAGAAUUUUUCCGUCUUGAAGACUUCAUUUACUGACAUAUCCUACUCUUAAGAGCGUUUUGCCAAUUUUAAAUAUAACCUUGAAUUCGCACUGCUUUGAUACAUGUAUUGAAACAUGUUUUAUACAAGUGUUAGGACAGUGGAAACUCAAGCGAGGCUUAAUAGUUGUUUAUACUAGUCAAUAUUGUAAGAUGUUACCAUGUAGUUAAAUUAUAUGAGGAAUUUUAGUUCAAAAUUUUGUCUCUUAAUCUCUUAACUUUUAGAUUAGUGUUUAAAGUAGGUAGACAAGUACAUGUAAAGUAUAACGCAUUUUUCUGUAUUAUUUAAACAAAUAAAACAACUUUUGUUAAAUUUUUACGUAAUCAACUAUUUGAUAAGAUUCGUGUCAAAGAUGAAAUUUUACA